GUCAAAAUUAAUUGUCAGAACAUACCAAAUUUCACCCCUAAACUCAACAGAGCCCUUCCUAAAUACUACCGUGAGCAAAAAGAAAGUACGAUCCCUAUUCCAAGAAGUUUGAUUUGAUAUAAUGGACAGACUGACGAGAAUGUUCGCCGGCGCCGGAGGAGCUCUAGGCCACCCACUUCCUGAUUCUCCGACAUUAGAUACCUCCGAGCAAGUCUAUAUUUCUUCUCUUGCUCUUCUCAAGAUGCUAAAACACGGUAGAGCUGGUGUUCCAAUGGAAGUUAUGGGAUUGAUGUUGGGUGAGUUCGUGGAUGAAUACACUGUUAGGGUUGUUGAUGUCUUCGCUAUGCCUCAAAGUGGUACUGGAGUUAGUGUUGAAGCUGUUGAUCAUGUCUUUCAAACCAAUAUGCUUGAUAUGCUUAAACAAACUGGAAGGCCAGAGAUGGUGGUGGGAUGGUAUCAUUCGCAUCCGGGAUUUGGUUGCUGGCUAUCUGGUGUGGACAUCAACACACAGCAGAGCUUUGAAGCAUUAAAUCAAAGAGCUGUUGCUGUAGUGGUGGAUCCUAUACAAAGUGUGAAGGGGAAGGUUGUUAUUGACGCCUUCCGUUUGAUCAGUCCACAAACUAUGAUGCUUGGUCAAGAGCCUCGUCAAACAACAUCCAAUCUUGGGCAUCUCAACAAACCAUCAAUUCAGGCAUUGAUCCAUGGGUUGAAUCGACAUUACUACUCCAUAGCCAUCAAUUACAGGAAAAAUGAAUUAGAGGAGAAGAUGUUACUAAACCUUCACAAAAAGAAAUGGACUGAUGGAUUGACACUCAAGAGAUUCGAUGCUCAUUCCAAAACCAACGAACAGACUGUCCAGGAAAUGUUGAAUCUUGCUGUUAAAUACAACAAGGCAGUACAAGAGGAAGACGAAUUGCCCCCAGAGAAACUAGCAAUCGCAAACGUGGGAAGGCAAGAUGCUAAAAAGCAUCUCGAAGAACAUGUCUCCAACUUGAUGUCCUCCAACAUUGUUCAAACUUUGGGUACCAUGCUAGACACUGUCGUGUUCUAAAUUGGUUUUUCAAGCUCGAUAAAUAGACAAUUUCUUGAAUUUUUUUUGUUAAAAUCUAGAUGUACUUCGUGUUUCUAAACACUUUGUCCUUCCGAAAUUGAAAUAUCCAAAUAUACUUGUGUAAUCUAUUACACAGAUGAGGAAAUUGUGUUAUACUGGUGGGUUAGUAACAUUGUUUUUGACAAGCCUUGUUAUUCAUUAUUUUUUUAUUUAUGAAGCUUAACAUUA